AUGGCCCGCUCCUCGCUACGGAAAAGACCAAUUGUUAGCUACAAGGAAGAAGACGACGAGAAGCCGAAACAGUCACCCACGGUUAGCAAAGCUCUAGGAUCACCCGAGUCAGUGGCAACCAAACCUGCACCAAAACCUGCACCAAAACGCAAAGUCUCAGAAGGGAGUAGCCCAGAUAGCAAGCCGGCACCAACUAUAUCGCAACCAAAAAAACGCAAGAUAGCGAAGGGCAAACACGACAACACGAUGCCACUGGCAGAUCGCACCGCGGUCUCAUCGCUGAAAAGGGCAAUGUAUGUUGGUGCUCAUGUGAGCGCAGCUGGCGGUGCUAACAAUUCAGUCACCAAUGCUGUACACAUUGGCGCCAACGCCUUUGCGCUCUUCCUCAAGUCGCAGCGCAAGUGGGAUAAUCCACCCAUUACGUCGUCAGCCAAGGAUCUUUUCAUGAGUGGCUGCUCUCACUACGGUUACAAAGCAUCGGAGCAUGCCCUCCCGCACGGCUCGUACCUCGUCAAUCUGGCGCAGUCAGAUCCAGCCAAGGCAACUCAGGCUUACAACGCUUUCCUCGAUGAUCUGACCCGCUGUGAGCAGCUUGGCAUCAAGCUGUACAAUUUUCACCCUGGAUCUACGCUCGGCGACAAUCGCGAUGCUGCCAUUGGGCGCAUUGCUGCACAGCUGAACAAGGCGCACAAGGCCACGAGCAGCGUCAUCACGGUGCUGGAGAAUAUGGCUGGUAGUGGCAAUGUCAUUGGGUCCACCUGGGAAGACCUGCGAGACAUCAUUGCAUUGGUAGUCGACAAGGCCCGCGUCGGCGUGUGCAUUGACACGUGCCAUGCUUUCGCCGCCGGCCACGAUCUGCGCACACCAGAGGCUUUCCGCAAGACGCUAGACGAAUUCGAAACGAUCGUUGGUAUCAAAUAUUUGAAGGCGCUCCAUUUAAAUGACAGCAAGGCCCCCUUUGCCUCUAAUCGAGACUUGCACGCCAAUAUUGGCACUGGCUUCCUCGGCUUACGAGCUUUUCACAGCGUCAUGAACGAAGACAGCUUCUGUGGCAUGCCCAUGAUUCUCGAGACACCCAUCGAUAGAAAGGACGAUAAAGGCAAGACAAUCGAAAAUAAGCAGGUUUGGGCCGACGAAAUCAAGCUUCUCGAGAGUCUCAUUAGUAUGGACGCCGACAGUAACGAGUUCGCUGCACUGGAGAGGAAGCUUGAGGCGCGGGGCUCGUCUGAGCGGCAGCGGAUCCAGGAUCAGGUUGAUAAGAAAAAUGCCAAAGCCAUGGGGAACAAGGCCGCGCGAGAAGAAAAGAAGAAGAAUGCAGCUACAUAUGAUGAGGCCAACUAA